GGAAGCAGCAAAACAAAAGACCUUGUCAACACCAACCCCAGAUAACAGUGGUUCCAGAUCCACUUUCUACUCUGUCAACAAGAUGAUGGAUGAUGAGAACAUGACAUAUAAUUCUACCAAUGCCUAUGACUAUAACUAUGAUGACUAUGGAGAUGUGGGCAUCUGCCAAUAUGGCAAACCCGGUGCCUACUUCCUACCGGCACUGUACUCGCUGCUGUUCGUGUUCGGUCUGGUGGGAAAUGGCCUGGUGUUCUGGGUGGUGCUGAUGUGUGUGAAGAUACAGAGCAUGACUGACGUGUGUCUGCUGAACCUGGCCAGCGCCGACCUGCUCCUGCUCUUCUCCCUGCCCUUCCUGGCCCACUACUCCAGGGACCAGUGGGUGUUCGGGAGGGCAAUGUGCAAGAUGGUGCUCAGUGGGUACCACAUCGGCUUCUUCGGCGGCAUCUUCUUCAUCACGCUGAUGAGCAUCGACAGGUACCUGGCCAUAGUCCACGCUGUGUAUGCCUUGAAGGUCAGGACACGAACCUACGGGGCUCUCGCCAGCUUUGUUGUCUGGAUGGUCAGCAUUUUAGUUGCAUUUCCUGAGAUCCUGUACACCGAGGUGACAAACGGCACACAGAUAUUCUGCACCAGUAUAGGCGAACAACAGAACAUGACAUUAUUCAACCUAUUCAAGCUUAACAUCCUGGGUCUGCUGCUACCGCUGAUCGUCAUGGGAUUCUGCUACUUGAUGAUCAUGAAAAGACUGGUCAGCUGCAGACAGGCCCAGAGUAAGACAAUAAGGCUUGUUGUCCUGGUGGUCGUGGCAUUCUUCUGUUGUUGGACUCCCUACAACAUUACAUCCUUCUUCAAGGCGCUGGAAAUGCUGGGAAUCUACACCGGCUGCAAAUCCAGCAAGGCCAUCCAUUUGAGUCUGCAGGUGACUGAGGCUGUGGCCUACUCCCACACCUGCCUCAACCCCAUUAUUUACGUGUUUGUGGGGCGGAAGUUCCGCAGACACCUCUCCAGGCUGUUGGGCCGACUGCCCUGUGCGGGGUGCCAGGCCCUGAAAAAACGCCUCACUCCAAUCAUAGGAUCUAUGGUCUCUCAGAGCACCACUGUGGAGGACGGGCAAACAGGCAUGUGAGCUCCCACACAGCAUGCACCUACUCUACAUCUCCAGGAUAUCCAGACAGAUCCCGGUCCCCUCCACAGGAACUCCCUGAAGAGUAUAAUUUUGCCUGCUUUGUCAGGACUAUGGUGGAUAGCAGAAUUUUUACCACUGUGCCCUGCUGUAUUCCCACUUAUUGCCUCACCAUCCACCAGCCCUCCUUCAGCCUUCUUACAGCCAUCUGGCUGUCUGCUUACAGAAUUUAUUUAUGUCUUGUUGUACAGAAAAGUCUCUGACCAACACCCUUCCACAACCCCUAAAUGACACACAGAAAACCAUGUCAGCCACUGUAAAUAACACACACGUCACGCACGUCCUUUUUACAGUUGUCUGGAUUCAACUUCUCAAUCCUGCUGUACUAAUUGCUGACAUAUUGGGUGGUGAAGUGAUAGGUAUAUCAGUUUAUAUUGAUAGGAAAUGCAAACCACCACUUUGAAAAGCCAUCAGUCACAACAGAGCAGAUGAGUAACAGAUUCUUCCUGUCCAUGGUGUAACAAUAAUAUGACCAACAACUGUAUUUUUAAUAAAAAUAAUCUAAAUGGUUUUCUAAUAAAUUUGGUUAGUGAGAUAGCUAAUUUAUGCAGCAUUAAAGAAAAAUGUUUGUUGUUUGCCAGCAAAAAAGAAGCAUUUUCAAUGUAGACAUUGUAGUAACAGGAAGAAAAAUGUGGCAAAUAAUUGCUCAAAUACAACAGGAACAAAGUAUAACCAAGACGUUCCAUGGAACUCUACUGUCACAACCAGUAAGAAUGUUCAAGUGAUUAUGCAUGUUUGAGAGUUGAAUUAGCAGACUAACUUCUGUUAUGUUAUGUGUGUACCUGAGACCAAACACAUAUACAUAGUUUCUAGCUGUCUGUCACUGCUAAUACCAGC